AUGGGUUCCGUCAUCCUGGACCCCAUGCACUCCCAGCACAGAAAGGUUGCCAACCCAAUGGAUUUCCUGAAGCAUUUAAAGGACCCAGUAGGAAGAACCAGAUCUACAGUCAAUGCUGCUGAUUACUUGGAAACUACUUUGAAACUCCUCAAAAUAAAGCUGCACCUCUCUGGGAAAUUGAGAUUCAAUGUUACAGACCUAUUAGACAGAAAACAGGAGGUGAUUUCCAAAGGAACUGACUGUGACUAUCAGAUUCCUUCCAUUAAAUGCCCAAAGCAUGUUUACUGCACCAUUACUGGGGAGUGCAACAACAGAAAGCAUUCUCAUCUGGGGUCCUCAAACCACAUGUUUGCUUGCUGGCUCCCAGCAGUGUGUGAAGAUGGAGUCUCUGUUCCCAGAGGAGCAAGUGAAGGAAAACUGCAUAAUGGUUUUCCACUCCCACUGUUUCUGCGGGUUCAAAAAGUGUCAAAUGAAAUUGCUCACACAGCCAAUGAGAACAUCACUCAGGAUCAAGAGCUCUCUCUUGUCUGCAUGCACUGAGGCCAGUGGGUGAACCGUGACAUAGACUUGGCCCUUUCCACUGGUGCAGGAUUUCCCCCUGAUGGCCCCUGGAUGCCGAGCUCACACUCCUGCAUGCCAUUCAUCCAGUCGGCAUCUGUGUGCAACCCCAGGACGUAUACUCGUGAGCAGAUCAAUGCCAUCAGCUCCUUCAUCAAUGCCAGCACAGUGUACAGCAGUGAGGACUUUGUGGCAAAGAGCAUUAGAAAUCAGAUGAACCAGCUGGCUUUGAUGUCUGUGAACCACAAUUUUACUGAUGCAGGGCUGGAAUUUCUGCCCUUUGAGAACAAACCAAGAAGUGUUUGUGUUCUCACCAAUGAGGGCAUGAACAUCCCCUGUUUUAAAGCAGAACCUGGGAUUUUCUCACUGCACACUGUCUUCCUACAAGAACACAACUGCCUGGUUACAGAGCUGCAGAAACUAAAUCCUCACUGGCAUGGAGAAAAGCUUUACCAAGAGAGUCGAAACAUUGCCAUAAACCAGGUAGUGACAAUCACUGCUCACUGUUCAUCAUCCUCAUGUGGCAUCAACCCACUGAUAAGGGGCAUGGUAGCUGAUCAUGCAAAACUGAUAAAACAGAAUCAACUGCUCAUUGAGGAGCUCCAGAACCACCUUUUUGAACAGAUAGAGAUAAUGGGUCUGGAUCUCACAGCCCUGCAUAUGCAGUGGGGAAAAGACCAUGGCCUUCCAGGUCACAAUGCCUGGAGGCGCUUCUGUGGGCUCUCUCAGCCUCAAAACGUAGAUGAAUUCUCUGAGGCGCUGGACAGUUCCAAACUGGCCAAGAAGUUCAUGGAGUUGUAUGGGACACCAGACAAUAUUGACCUCUGGAUUGGGGCAAUCGCAGAGCCCUUUGUUCCACAAGCCAGAGUUGGACCCCUCCUGGCCUGCAUGAUUGGCACCCCGUUCAGGAACCUGCGUCAUGGGAACAGAUUCUGUUGGGAGAAACCAGGAGUUUUCACUCUGCAGCAGCUGCAUGCACUGAGAAAUAUCUCACUGUCAACAGUGAUCUGCAACAAUACACAUAUCAAAAAGGUACCCAGGGAUGUGUUCACACACUCGACCUCUCACCCUGGAAAGACGAUGAUGAGCCUGAGAGUAGCACAAAAGGUAUGA